CUGAGAGGAGAAUGGAGGAGACGGAAUUGUGGUUGAAGUUCAUGAGUUCGCCCAGCCUCAGUGACUUGGGCAAGAGAGAGCCGGCCGCCGCCGCCGCGGACGAGCGAGGCACGCAGCAGCGCCGGGCCUGCGCCAACGCCACCUGGAACAGCAUCCACAACGGGGUGAUCGCCGUCUUCCAGCGCAAAGGGUUGCCUGACCAGGAGCUCUUCAGCCUCAAUGAGGGUGUCCGGCAGCUGCUGAAGACGGAGCUGGGGUCCUUCUUCACGGAGUACCUGCAGAACCAGCUGCUGACGAAAGGCAUGGUGAUUCUCCGGGACAAGAUCCGCUUCUAUGAGGGGCAGAAGCUGCUGGACUCACUGGCAGAAACCUGGGACUUCUUCUUCAGCGACGUGCUGCCCACGCUGCAGGCCGUCUUCUACCCCGUGCAGGGCAAGGAGCCAUCGGUGCGCCAGCUGGCCCUGCUCCACUUCCGGAACACCAUCACCCUCAGCGUGAAGCUGGAGGAUGCACUGGCCCGCGCCCAUGCCCGGGUGCCCCCCGCCAUCGUGCAGAUGCUGCUGGUGCUGCAGGGGGUACACGAGUCCCGGGGUGUGACUGAGGACUACCUGCGCCUAGAGACACUGAUCCAGAAGGUGGUGUCGCCCUACCUGGGCACCUACGGCCUCUACUCCAGCGAGGGGCCCUUCACCCACUCCUGCAUCCUGGAGAAGCGCUUCCUGCGCCGCUCCCGCUCGGGGGACGGCCGGGCCACAGCGGCCGGCGGCACCAGCAUCCGCAGGCACUCCGUGUCCGAGAUGACGUCUUGCCCCGAGCCCCAGGGCUUCCCCGAAGCCUCCCCGGCGCCCCAUUCAGGACCCUGCCCCAGCAGACUGUACCCCCCUACCCAGCCUCCCGACCAGGGCCCAGCCACAACCCACAGCUCCCCACCCACCUCCAGCCCCGAGAACCUGGUGGACCAGAUCCUGGAAUCCGUGGACUCGGAUUCUGAAGGGAUUUUCAUUGACUUUGGCCGGGGCCGUGGAUCUAGCGUGUCUGAAUUUGAGGGGGCUGGGGGCCGGCAGAGCGUCGUGUGAGUGUCUUGCCUUUUUACCACCGACACUCUGGUGUGUGCGUGUCCAUGGAGUAUGUGUAGCCACGUGGUAUGUGCGUGGCCAUGUGUGUGCGUGCCCACUGUGUGCAUCCUCAUGGCAUGUGCGUGUCUGCUAGUGUGGUGCGCGCGAGACUUUCGUAUUGGUCUCCUCCCGGCCCGUCCCCUUGGUCGCGUUAUGUUCUCAAGUCUGUUGGAAAAACCCAGCUCCCCUCUUGGCCCAGGCCCAUUUGGGGGCAUCUGAGUUUGUCACUCACAGUGUCAGCCAAGUGGUAAAGGGGGGACCUCCACCCGGCCCUCCCUCCAAGGUCACUGCCGAGAGUGCGACUCUGGUGAGUUCAUGCACGCAGCCCGGCUCGGCCAGACCCCAGGAUGUGGGCUCUGACAGACCUGCCUCCCUCCCAUGAGCCUCAGACCACAGGGGACUCGAGUGUGUGGCUCUGUGUCCCUGAACUGUGCCAGCAGCCUGUCCUGCCUCUGCCUGGGUGGCCCUGGGGACAGGAAGGAUUAGAAUAAAGCGAGUCUGCUGGGUUCCCAGGCUCAUGUCAGCGGUGCCAGGCCCCAUGAACCUCCGUGCCGGAGAGGCGCUUGGGUGGCCUGGGGCGGGGUCUGCUGGAGGCCAGGCCGGCAGCCCCCCAACCUGUCCUGCAGCCUCACCACCAGGCCCUCAGGUGGUCAGGACCACAGGCCAGCCUGCCCAGGGCGCCCACUCCCAGUAGAAACACCGGGUACCUUCCUAUGGGCCACCUUGUAAAGCACCAGGGUCAGCGUGGUCUUCACGGAAGGAGCAUAGGUCAGACUGGCAGGUACCAGGAGUCUGCCCCCGCCUACCUGCCAGCCGUGCCCUCUCCGAGACGUGAGUUUUCUGUUAGGGAAGGGGGUGCCCAAGCAACCGAUCGGGUGUGGUGGGGGAAGGGGAGGCAGUCAGGACAGAGGUGGACACCAUCCAACCCCUGGGUCGUAGGGUGACUCCACAGGGUCUGAACGGAGGCGCUUUCCUUCUGGUGGAAGCAACAGACCAGGAGCCCCGCUUCACCCCACAGUGGGCCCUGCCGGGGGUCUCUGGCCUCAGGCCCCCUGGCCCAGUCAAGCCUCAUUUUCGUCAUCGGUGGUACAGGUGCACACAGCUCUCAGGAGCUGCUCAGGGUACGGGCUGUGCCCCGGGAGGGCACGGCCAGCAUUGGAGGGCCUGGGUGCUGGACAAGAAGCCUGAACCUGAUCAACCCAGCCGAUGGGGCCGAGAUCCCCGAACCACCCUCCACUCCAGUUCCUCGUGGGCCUUCUGUGGGCCUGGGACCCGGCUAAGCCCGGGUUUGGUGGGCUGCUGGUCAUUAUCAACAGGGAUCCCAGAGGUCAUCUCAAGGCAGAAAGACCCGAGAGGGAAGACGUGGAGGGAGCUGGCGGUCUCUGCCCACUCCCACCGAGGGUUGGCACAUCUGACUACCCCUCUCGAGCGUCCCAGGCCCUCAGGGGCCGCUGGACUAGUCCAACGUCGGAGGGCUGUGGGGGAACCUACAGCCCUUGAGCCCAUGGCAAAGCUGUUGCUUUUCUGGGAGGCCCACGGCACCAGCCAGAUGGGGCCCUGAAGCCUUGGGGGGGGGCACCAGACCCUAUGAAAGUGGGGAGGGGCCUGCGUCGUUGAGGAGCAGCUUCCCAAGGGGGCAGAGUGUGUCUGUUAGACCGGCUUUGCUCUAAAACAUGAGGCAGUCUACCUCAAAACUUCUCAUCAAAAGUUGGCAGAUCUGGGGCCAGCAAGUGUGGUGGUCAAGGUGCUGGACUCCCACAUUGUCGACCACAGUUCAAGUCCUGGACCUGGUGGGUUGAAAUUUACAUGUGCA